GACUGGAACAAUCCAAAAGAAGGUUCAGUUCGUUAUUAUGGGAAACCUAUUCUGUUCUGAGUACUCUGUCCACAGACGCUUUGAUCUGAAAGGAUCUUCCCUUGGACGUACAACUGAUAAGCCUGAAUCAGAAAUCAUCUCAAACACAAUCUUGAAAGAUCUUGAUCUGAACUUCAUUUUCAGACUACAGAAAGCUUGGUACCAAGAGUUCAUCAGACAAGUCGAUAAAGACUGCGAGUUUCUAGAACAGGAGAGAAUCAUGGACUACAGUCUUCUUGUUGGGAUACAUUUCAGAGAAGCAUCAGUGGCUGGAGAGUUGAUACCUUCUGGAGCACGCACGCCUAUUGGUGAGUUUGAAGAUGAAUCAGCUCCUCGUCUCUCCAGAGCAGACGUGGAUCAGCUUCUAUCUGAUCCCACAAGGUGGGCUAGUAUCAGACUUGGAGGAAACAUGCCGGCUCGAGCAGAGAGAACAAUGAGAAGGAGCGACUGUGAACUAGUUGGGGAACCAACAGGAGAGUACUACGAGGUUGUCAUGAUCUUCGGGAUCAUAGAUAUUCUUCAAGAUUACGACAUCAGCAAGAAACUUGAACACGCUUACAAGAGCAUCCAGUACGAUCCUACCUCAAUCUCAGCUGUUGAUCCGAGGCUAUACUCUAGACGUUUCCGUGAUUUCAUCUUCAAGGUCAUCACUGAGGAUGAUUGAAACAAGUCUCUUCUGGUGCCUUGCAGCCACUACUUUUUAUUUUUUUUAUUACUUGCUCCGAUUUAAUGAUGAACUAUGUAACAGCAGUUAACAUCUAUAGUAGUGAAUGUUUUUUUUCUCUUCUAUUGUUUUGUUCAAUGCAAAUAUAUAUAAAAAAUUGAUUAUUUUAGAACAAAUGAACAUCUUUAUUCUGUUUUCUUGUUCUAUUUUGAUUGUAGGGUCUUGUUGAUCUUCUUGAGUUUAAGCCUAUUCCUGCUGGGUCUGACUCUCCUCAUUCAAUUGUUAGAUGGUUAUGUCUGCAAAAUCUCUAACAAUGAUGAAAUGACAUAAAAGCAGAAGACAUAGUAUCCGGUGUUGGCAAGUCGAUUGGUGUACUAGCUGGUCCUUAAAGGUCAUGAGUUCGAAUGCAAGGAAGAUGGGAUCCGUUCUAGUGUCAAGAAGGCUAUAGGCACAAAUAUAAGAAAGAGCCCAUAACUUCUUCUUUGCUCAAGAAACAAGACAAUUCUCCAUUUUUUUGUGUGCUAACAAAAAGAUAAGUAAGAUGCAAUUUGCCUUGUGUAUGAUUUUGGUUGUGAGUUGUGAGUUGUGACUUCUGUGUUUGUUGCAAACAAUCUUUGACUUUAGUCAAGAAACCAACUUAAAUGAUUUGGUCAAGAAUUCUAUGAGUUUUAAGAGAAAAGGAUACAACUAAAAAAGAAACAAGAAAAUGAUAAAUACACUAUAUGAAUCAAUCACCUAACAAGUUUUCACAUUUGUCAUACAAGUACAGCGUUUUUUCACUUAACUCUUCGAAAUUCAGUCUGUAAUAAUCAUCCAUAUUUUCAUUGGAAGAUGCAAAGUGUAGAAAAAGCUUUGCCCUUAGAGACCUUGAAGAUGAAAUAUCUACAAGAAGAAACCCAUCUGCUUCUAAUCCACUUAACACAUUAGUAUAAAAAAGUUACGAAUCUCGGACAAUGUAAUUUGGACCAUCACUUCGUUGUCUCCAAGCCUAGUCGCGGAAAUGGUGGAGACAUAGCUUGCGACUACCUUUGGUUGUGGCUUAACGUAAUGUUCAAUGUCUCUUUGACCCGAUAGUCGAACCCAGAGUUCGUUUUUCUUCUGUAAUAACAUCUCCACUUGCUCUUUCAUCUCCUUCUUCAAGACAUACUUAGCUUCUUCUGCAAGAAAGUAAAGGAAAAAAUGGUUCCCAUCAUUCUUGUUCUAAAUGAUAUAAGAUGCAAUGGCAAACUUAGUUAUUACGUUUAGUUUCAUGGAGUUCCAACUGAAGAAUAAUUGAUGUGGUAAACUUGUUGCAUAUUAAAUAGAGAAAAUUACUCAAACUAACUCUUAUUUAUUAUGUAAUUACUAGAUUAACUUCCUUUCAUCGAUGCAUGUUCAGAGGGUAGUAUAAAGACGAAAUAACCAUAAUAGUUGAUAAUUAUUACUACAAUGCCAUUAUAUUAAUUUUGGUAUAAAAUUAAAAAUACCAAUUAAAAUCACGAUAAAAACACAGUUUUUACAACAAAAAAAACUUUAGGGUUCAUGGGAUUCACCGGCAAUUCACGACGAAUUGGGAGAAUCCAAGUUAGAAAGCAGCAAUUCCAUAGAAAAUGAAAACAUGACCAGGACCAGACAGAAAAAUCCCCAAACUAAACCCAGAACACUGUCAAUCGUUUCCCGUUGCAGCUAAGAACCAGAGAGAUGCGGAGGAUCAGUUCACUGGACGGUGAAUUGGACUUCUUAAGAGAGCACACGAAUAAACCUUCGUAGAAAUUUAAUACCUUCCUGGUAUCUCUCUCCUUCACUACUGACGGUGGCUAUGGCGAUGGCAAUUUGAAUCCGGAUUGAAGCGUGACCGAGCAGCGUGGCUGUCUCACCAAGACUCCUUUGUUGACCCCGUUGCAGACCGCGUAUAGGUACACUCAUUGCUUUGAUAUAUGAUCGCAUUAAGACAAAUAGAUAUAUAUUUGCAAAAAGGCAUAGGUGUAAAGUCAUGUUUCUCGUCUCUAAUGACCAUUGGCAGUGUAUAUAACCAAGUUUUAAUGAAUUUAGAUUAGCAUGUUGGCUCGACAGUGACCAAAAUUUGGCUCGAUAGUGAAACAUAGAUGUAAUAUAUAUUCACAGGCUUAUGCUCCAUGUACAGGAUUCUAGAAAUCAUCUAUACCCACGCCUUUUGGAUGCUUCUGAAACACAUGCUUUGUUGGGGUAUAUAACUUGAUUAUGGCUCUUUUUUAUUAUGUUUGCUUCACAUUUGAUGAGAAAAAAAUAGAAACCUUGAGUAUAACCUUCACAGGGGAGUCACUAACACCAUAUUUUUCUGGUGCUUUAGUUGUUUGUGGAGUCCAUUAUUGUGUGUUUAAUACUUAGGUCGUGGUGAAUUUUGACAGGGAUACAUUUUGUCUAGGGGAAAUCACAACAAGGAAAUGUAGAAGACUGUCUUGCAGUUUGAGAGUAAGGUUGACAAGGAGUCUACUUUUUAAAAGUUCAGUCUAUGGGGGUAGUAAAGAAAGGCGUAUCUACCGACAUUCCGGUUUAUAUGUACUUUGAUGCAUUUUCAACUCUGUUUUACCAUAAAAAUGCAGAUGACGAGUUAUGUAGCCGCUGAGUGUGGUUAUCGUUUGUUGUGUUCUUAUAACCGCCGGGUGUGGUUUUUGUGUUCUUAUACAAUCAAGAACUUGAAAAGCUCUGUUGAAUGAUAACACUGCCUUGCUUUUAAUCGAUGUGUUUCGGGUUUUGGUUGUUUUUCCUCCAAAGAGCUAGAAAUGUAUUUUCAAUGAUUACUCCACUCUUGAUCUUGAUCUAUUACGUCCUCACUCAAACAGACUGAAGCUUUGAACACUUCUUUGAAUUAAUCGUUGCUAUUUUCUUGUCUACUAAGGAAGAACGGUAAGAACAACACAUCACCUGCAAAUUUAAAUAGAUACUUAUUAAUAACACCAUAAGAACAUACGCGCAUCAUGCUCAUCCAAUGACCACAAACCAUUUUUAUUUGUGCCAUGAGAGAAGAAGGAAGAAAAUAAACGUCAAUAUGAACACAACCAUUAACGUCGAAUAAGGCAAUCACGAGAGAGAUUUGUAGAUUAAGGCUUUUCUCUUUGUUUUGUUUAAAUUAAGUUUGGUUUGGUUUAAUUAAAUAAUUUUGGUUUACAUGCUUUUGAUUCAAAUUAUGGUUGGUUUGAAACAUUUUGGUUUAAAUCAAGUUAAAUUACUGGUAUAUGAAAUAAUUUCAGAAUUAAAUGGUUUAAUCUGGUUUGCAAUAACUCGGUUAAGAAUAAUUAAUAAAAAUCUGUGGCCAAAUCAUAAAUAAAUUUGUGGUUUAAGUUUAAACAAAUCUGUCGAACUAUAACAAAUUUGUGGUCAAAUAAUAAAUAAAUCUAUCAAAUUCUAAUAAAUCUGUGGUCAAAGAAUAAAUAAAUCUAUCAAAUCUUAACUAAGUCUGUCAAAAUUAAAUAAAUUUGUGG